AUGGAGGAAACUGCUGCGGCUGCUGCGGCUGAAGGUAUUACUGUUGAAGAGUUCACUACUAGAGCUGUUGUCGUUUAUUUACAUAGCGUUGCUGAUCAAUGCAAAACUAUGGCUGCCGAACUCCUUGCUGCUGAGGCUCAGUUGCAGAGUAUUGAAAUCAUUUCGCUAGUCACCAAGCAAACAAUACCAAAAUUCUCUGAAAAAAAUAACACAACGACAAGAGUCAAAGCUAAAACUACAAUGAAGCGCACCCCGCUACCCGAUCAAAGAAUGGCCACUACCAAGAGACCCGCCAAACCUCGCAAAUACACACAGAGCGCUGCUUCUCGAAGAAUCAUCGAUAUUUGUAAACAAACAAUUAUUAGCAGAGUCAGGGUACAGUUUAAGAAAGACGCCAACAAGAAAAUCAAGUCCAGUUAUACGACCGUCGAAUCUCUUGGAAAGGAAUCCUCAAAAGGUGGCGAUCUUGCUUGGAUUGAGCCUCCCGAGCCCGAAACCUUCCUAUAUCAAGAUGAGAAGACUUUGGAAUAUUAUAAUUAUUACCGCAACUAUUACGCACCACUUCAAGAAUUAAAGAAGACGAAGAACAUGACAUGGAACGCUAUUCAGGCUAUUCACGUGGAGCAUUUCCCCGACAAGCACGUCCCCAAGAGCAGAAAUGGGCUCUCCGCCCGCGCCUAUUCAUGCUAUCACGGAUUAUGUGUAGUCAUUGAGGCUGAAAAGGAGGCCGUUGCUUUAGCAGAAGCUACUCAAAAUCCCGAAUUUGUCUUUCCUAAUGAUGAUGAUGAUGAUGAUGAUGAAUACAAUGGAAGGGCUCUAGAUGGCCAGGCCAAGUGA